AUGGCUUCUCCUCAGAAAAUCCGUACCCCCAUCACCGAUCUGCUUAAGAUCAACCACCCCGUCCUGCUGGCAGGCAUGAACGUGGCUGCGGGUCCCAAGUUGGCUGCCGCGGUCACCAACGCUGGUGGUCUCGGUGUUAUCGGUGGUGUUGGUUACACCCCCGAGAUGCUACGUGAACAAGUCGCCGAACUCAAGAGCUACUUGAACGACAAGAACGCUCCCUUCGGUGUCGAUCUCCUCCUUCCCCAGGUUGGUGGCAGUGCCCGCAAGACCAACUACGAUUACACCAAGGGCAAGCUCGGUGAGCUUGUUGACAUCAUCAUCCAGGAGAAGGCCAGCCUAUUCGUCUCUGCCGUGGGUGUCCCCCCCAAGGCCGUUGUCGAAAAGCUUCACGGUGCUGGCAUCCUCUGCAUGAACAUGAUUGGUCACCCCAAGCACGUCCAGAAGGCCCUUGACGUCGGUGUUGAUAUCAUUUGCGCCCAGGGUGGUGAGGGUGGCGGUCACACUGGUGAUGUCCCCACUACCGUCCUCAUUCCCACCGUUGCCAAGUUGGUCGAGGGCAAGAAGAGCCCCCUGACCGGCCAGCCCGUGCAGGUCAUCGCUGCUGGCGGUCUCUUCAACGGUAACUCGGUCGCCGCUGCCCUGAUGCUCGGCGCCUCUGCCGUCUGGAUCGGUACUCGCUUCAUCCUGUCUGAUGAGGCCGGUGCUCCCAAGGCUCACCAGGAGGCUGUCCGCACCUCUGGCUUUGAGGACAACAUCCGUACCAUUAUCUUCACUGGCCGUCCUCUCCGCGUUCGCAAGAACCCCUACAUUAUCAACUGGGAGGAGAACCGCAGCGAGGAGAUCAAGCAGCUUACCGCCAAGGGUAUCAUCCCUGUUGAGCACGAUAUGGAGAACUUGCCUGAUGAUGUUGAUGAUGACGCUUUGGAUAACGCCCGUCCCUUCCUGAUGGGUAAGGUUGCCGCUGUCGUUAACGAGAAGAAGUCUGCCAAGGCUAUCGUUGAUGAGCUCGUCAACGAUGCCGCUGACCUCCUCCAAAAGGGCCACAAGAUGACCUCCAAGCUUUAG